AUGGCUCCUUCAACCAACGACGUGCCUGUCAGCCACACAAUGCCGCCAUCGGCUUGUAAUGUUGGCAUUAACGGCUUCGGUCGUAUUGGUCGCAAUGUACUCCGCGCUGCUCUCGUCCGGUCUGAUAUCCAGGUCGUUGCCAUCAACCACACAUGUGAUUCUGUCGAGGACCUUAUUUAUCUCAUCCGCUAUGAUUCGUCAAUAGGCAACCUGGAUGAGAGAGUCAAUAUCCAAGCUGUGUCGGAUAACUUGAUCACCAUCGAUGGAAAGCGAGUUGCUCUUACAUCAGAGCGGGACUUGAAGAAGCUCAACUGGGCUUUCUUGGGAGUCGACUAUGUCCUCGAGUGCACCGGAAAGUUCACAAAGCGCGACCUCGCCAUGGACCACAUUACCCACGGCAAAGCCAAGCGUGUGCUCAUUUCUGCACCUAGCUCAGACGCACCUACAUUUGUUUACAGUGUGAACUCCGAUAAAUAUAGGCCCAUUGAAGAGUGCCGUGUCAUCUCUAAUGCAAGCUGCACAACCAACUGCGUUACCCCCGUCUUGAAGGUCCUUCACGAGUCCUUCGGUAUUACUCAGGGCUUUUUGACUACCGUGCACGCGGCUACCCGAUCUCAGCAGGUUCUGGAUGGGUACAGCAAGAAGAAUGCUCGUCUAGGACGUGGUGUUUUCAAUAAUAUUAUUCCUACUACCACCGGCGCUGCCAAGGCCAUCGCAACCGUGUUGCCCGAGCUGGAAGGAAAUGUGACCGGUGUCUCGAUCCGAGUCCCCACACCCAACGUCUCGAUGAUCGAUCUCACUUUCAGUACCGAUAAGCCCACUUCUCUCCCGGAAAUCAUGGCCAAACUCCGCCUCGCUGCGAAGUCAGAGAUGGUCGGCGUUCUUCGAGUUACGGACGAGCAGCUGGUCAGCAGUGACUACAACGGUAGCCCUUACAGUGCCAUUGUUGAUGCUUCCGCAUGUGCAGAGCUGAAUCCUCAGUUCUUCAAGAUUAUGGCGUGGUAUGACAACGAGUGGGGAUACUCGAACCGACUUCUCGAUUUGACCACCUUGGUGCAUGCCCAGGAGGCUAAUUAG